CCCAGUUGCAUUCCAUCUCUCCCAGUCUGCAUCCAUAUCACAGCUCCACUGAUCAUGCAGUGCUUGCGUCACUCCUUUCAGCAGAUGGAGAGGAGGACGAGGGGGAGGGUAAGACAGAGAGAGAAAGGGGAGGAGGAGGAGGGAGCUGUAUCCCUUGCAUCAGGCACGCCAGCCUUCGUCACCGGAAAACAACAAGGAAGAUCGUCGCACAACGGAGCUAAAAAAAAAACACCAUUAGCAGCAGCAGCAGCAGCAGCUCCUCCUCCUCCAUCAGACGAGUAUCCACAGAUUAGGCCAAGACGGUUCUACUUUCUACGGGCACAGGCAAGCUCCCCCAGGCAGGCGGAGCUCUCCCAAGCAUGACCUGAGAGGAAAGGCAGAAAUCCAUCGGACGCUCUCCAUCAAAAUGGGCAACCAGGAGGCUAAGCAAAAGAAAGCUACAGCAGCAUCGGGUAAUGGAAGCUACCCUUCACUUGAUGAAGGAUGGAGAGAGGGAGGUGGGGACACAACAAAAAAGGGAGGAAAGAAACUCCAUGGUAAGCAUGGAGGGAAAGGAGCAGCCAGUGGUGGAGGAGGAGGGGGGGGGGUUCAUGGCACAGGACCAGGAAAGAAGAAAAACAAAUCUGAGUCCAAGUCCUCUGUUUUCUCCAUUCGGAAGAGAAAGGGCAACCUGAAAGGGAAAGGAGAUGCGUCUUCAUCAGUAACAGGCUCAAAGGAGGACGUGUUAGCAUCUCAACAUGACGAACUGGACAACACAAAAACACCCGAAAUGUCUGCAGAUGAGCUCGGACAGUCGGAUACUGAGACUGCUUUCCCGGAAAAGAAAAAGAAACCAGAGCACGGGGAGAAGGGUGGAGGAGAGCAGAAGCAGGAGAUGCAGCGGAAAGCCUCUACAGCAGCAACGUCUCCCGCAGAGGAUGGAGGGCCGAAGGGGGGGAGCUCAGGGUCGGACACAGAUAUCUACAGCUUCCACUCCGCAGCUGACCAUGAGGAUUUGCUAGCAGACAUCCAGCUCGCUAUUAGGCUCCAGCACCAACAGCAGCAUGGGGGGGCUAACUCAGCUGUCGUAGCACAUGGAGGGGGAGAGAGGGAUCUGAGCUGGGGAGGAGGAGAGGGGAGGAGGAAUCAGAGUAAUGGGGUAGUUAAAUUAACUCCUGAGGUGCUUGACCUGACCCCAGAAUUAGAAUUGGGGUCUGAUGCUCUGUCGUUCCUAGAAACGGGAACUCUGUCUGACUCUGACAAGCACACAGACCAGCUGCCAACACUGCACCUCCCCUUUCAAACAGAGGUGCAUGAGAGGAGGGCGGAGAAGGAGGAGGAGGAGGAGGAGGAGGAAGAGGAAGAGCAUCCGGAGCGAAAUCGGAAGGGGCAAAAGGAGAGCGGGAGAGAAGCCUCUCUUUGUGCUGCCACAGGCACAAAAGACCAGCAUGCUUGGGUGCAGCAGCCCCCUCUCUCAGCCAUCACCAUAGCUACUGCCGGGGGGGCAGCAGUCAGCCCGAUCGCCAUGACAACCAGUGGUAACAGCUUCCCUGAUCUCACAUGUGACAGAGUUUGGAAAACCCCAAGGGAGGAGGAAGCAGGAGGUGAAACCCGGCGGGAGGAGGAGACCGAGCCCGUGGUGGAUGUAGAUGUCAGUCCUCCACCUGCUGACUGCCGCAGCAAAAGUCCUGAACCCACUGAAGGGCUCAGCUCAGGGCCCGUAUUUGAAGAAGGUGAGGGUCAGUUGGGCUCAGGUACCAGUGCCGAGUCCCUUGAGGACUGCCUGAGCGCUGGAUCCGAAUCCAUCCAUUCUGCUGCCGCCAGCACCAGUGCCUCCCCCUCCAACCAGCCUUGCAGAAGGAGCAGCGUCUGCUUCAGUCCGCUGCCUGACCAGGAGAGCCCCACACUGGCCAAACGACUCCUCCGUUCUAACCACUCCUCCACAUCCUCUUGCCCUGUGGUGAAACCCUACCCUCCCAUUUUCCCCUCCUACAUCAAGACCACCACUAGACAGCUCAGCUCCCCAGGGCACUCCCCAGCCCUGUCGCCCUCCCACAGCCCCCUGUCCCCGCGCAGAGCCCACCAUCACCUCCACAGGACGAUGGCUGAGUAUCACCAAGUCCGUAGGAAGCGCUCUCGAAGCCUCGCUGGGUCUCUGAGUCGCUCUGCUGAUUGGACAGAGGAGCUUGAGAGGAGGCUGAAGAGCAGAGAGGAUUAUGCUGGGGGCUCUGGUGAUUCAGGAGAAUAUCUGGUGGGCUACAGAGGAGGAGGCAGCCAACCCAUCUGUGCUACCAGAAGAUCGUCCUGUGGACAGGUCUCUACCUGCGGCUUUCAAGACGUCUUCACAGGUCGAACUCUUCUGGAAAAGCUGUUCCUGCAGCAGCAGCAGCAGGAGGAGCCGGAGGAGGCUGAGAGGCUCUGCUCCAGGAUCUUGGCCAUGGGUCUUCUGCUGCCUUUUACUGACUGCUUCAGAGAGCAGCUGGGAGGAAGCACUGCCCACAUCACCUCAACAACAUCAGCCAAGUUUGAUCAUGACCAGCUAUAUACAUGGGCAGCAGUUAACCAGCCACCUCACUCUCUGGAUCCUCUUGAGGGGAAACUACCAGGGCAGUUGAAGGGCCCCUGGCCUCCAGUCAGGCCAGGUGGGGACAGCAGGACUGUACUCAAAUCCACAGAGGCAGAGGACAAUCAAGAACACCAUGCAGCCAUCUUGGGUUUGAGGCAAGAACAGACGGAAAGCCAAGAGGUGGAAUCUGUCCUUCCUUCAACAAAACUGAAGGAAAAACAUGUUAACGUCAUCCAACAGCUGGAACAAACCAUAGAAGACCUCAGGACUAAGAUUGCUGAGCUGGAGCGACAGCCCCCUCUGCUGGACAGGGACAGUGCGAAACCCACCUCCACCACAGAGAGGUGGUGUGGUGGAGAGGAAAGCGUGCUGAGGGCUGUGUGUGACGCUCACCUGCAGACUGAAGCCGGCUCCGCUCUGGGUUGCCUGGAGGCCAAGUCAGUGCAGACCUCGCCCAUGGACGACAGCUUUAAGUUCAAAGUGCCUUGUAGUGAGCCAGGUGGAGUCAAUGGCUUCCUGCAGCCUCCACCCAGACAGGACGGCUUCCAUUGUUCAUGCCAGCUGCAGCCUCCACCUCCACCGCCUCUUCCAGGAGGAGCAGUACCUUCUCAUCCUUUACCAGGACAGACUGUGGCACCUCCUCCUCCUCCACCAUUACCAGGAGGCUCAAUGCCAGCUCCUCCACCUCCACCUCCAUUACCUCCUGAUUCAGCAGUUCCUCCACCUCCUCCUCCUCCUCCUCCUCCUCCAUUGCCUGCUGGCAUUGCUCCACCCCCUCCUCCUCCUCCUCCCCCUCCACUUCCUGGUGGCUUUGCUCCACCACCACCCCCUCCACCGCCACCUCCUCCUCCUCCACUCCCUGGUGGCAUUGCUCCACCUCCUCCUCCAUUACCAGGAAUGGGAGGCCCACCUCCUCCACCACCACCUCCAGGCUGUGGGCCUCCUCCCCCUCCUCCUCCACCAGGAGCCAUCUGUGUUCCCCCAGCUUUUUCAGGGGCUCUGGGCUUCCUGCCUCCUCCUCUGCCACUGGGGCUGUACACUCUGGGUCUGACUCAGGAGAAACCGCCCAGGAAGUCAGUGGUAGAGCCUCCUAGACCCAUGAAGCCCCUCUACUGGACCAGGAUCCAGCUGCACACCAAAAAGGAGGUCUCUACUUCGCUGGUGUGGGAGACUAUUGAGGAGCCUGAUGUGGACUUUGAGGAGUUUGUAGAGUUGUUCUCCAAAACAGCUGUGAAGGAGAAGAAGCAGCCGCUCUCUGACACAAUCACCAAGUCCAAGGCCAAGCAGGUUGUGAAGCUCCUAAACAACAAGCGUUCUCAGGCAGUAGGAAUCCUCAUGUCCUCCCUGCAUCUUGACAUGAAAGAUAUCCAGCAUGCCAUCCUGAACAUGGACAACACAAUAGUUGACCUGGAGACCCUGCAGGCCUUGUAUGAAAAUAGGGCACAACAGGAGGAGCUGGACAAGAUUGAAAAGCACAUCAAGUCCUCAAAAGACAAGGAGAACGCCAAACCUCUGGACAAACCCGAGCAAUUUCUCUACCAGCUCUCCCUGAUCCCAAACUUCUCUGGCAGAGUCUUCUGCAUCCUCUUCCAGUCCAGCUUCUCUGAGUGCACGUCGUCCAUAAUAAGGAAACUGGACACACUGCAGAGGGUAUGCAAGGCGUUGCAGCACAGCGAGACAGUGAAGAAGGUUCUAGGUCUAGUUCUGGCCUUUGGUAACUUCAUGAAUGGUGGUAAUCGAACCAGAGGCCAAGCUGAUGGCUUCACCCUCGACAUCCUGCCCAAACUGAAAGAUGUCAAGAGCAGUGACAGUAUGAAAAGUCUUCUGUCUUACAUCGUUGCAUACUACCUCAGACACUUCGAUGAGGAUGCUGGUAGAGAGACAUGUGUGUACCCUCUCCCUGAGCCUCACGACCUGUUUCAGGCUUCACAGAUGAAGUUUGAAGACUUUCAGAAAGAUCUGACUCGAUUCAGGAAGGACCUGAGAGCGUGUACGUCAGAAGUGGAAAAAGUGUGCAAAGUUUCAGACGAGGAUAACCUGCAGCCUUUUAAAGACAAGAUGGAGGACUUCCUCGCAGAAGCUAAAAGUGAACUGGAGACCCUCGAAGCUCAACUCAGCAGCACUCACAAACUGUUCCUGGAGCUCACAGUGUUCUUUUCAGUGAAGGCCAAGGCAGGAGAGAAGGAGGUUUCACCCAAUACUGUCUUCUGCAUCUGGCACGAGUUCUCCUCUGAUUUCAAGGACCAGUGGAAGAAGGAGAACAAAGCCAUUCUCAAGGAGAGGUUAAAAGCAGCAGAAGAGUGUUUCCGACAGGCCAAGGAGAAGGCUUCCUAUAGCGUCAAACCUAAACACGCCUCUGGCAUUAAAGCCAAGCUUGGCAUGAAGAUUUGAGUCAGUGGACUUGGAAUGCUUGUUUUCCUGACUUUGGGCACAGACAAUAAAGUAUAAGGAGGACAGAAGAGAAAAAUGAAGGGACAGCACAAAUGCAUGUAUGUGCAGCUGAGCCUAAUCUGUACAUCAUCAUUCAUUCAUUUCUUUUUUCCAGUGUGAUCACAUUUGCCUGCUCUGCCAGCCUGUUGCCUUAGGUUGCUGUCCUCUCUAGCUGCUCUAGGGCCACCAGGCACCAGUAAUGAUGUGUUGUUGGGAUCACCACAACUCAGACAAAUUACAUGCAGUAUACACCAGCUGGAAUAACAACAUAUUGUCUGUGCAGCCUAUAAACCUUCAUAUAUAAAAUAACAAAUAUAUUAUGAAUUAAGUUUUUUCAGCAGUAUGGUAAAGUCAAAAAAUAAGCCACACAGUACUGUAAUCUCCAUAAACAGACAAAAGCCUCAGUGAGAGGGGAUGUGAGGAAGACUUCUUUUUUAAAUUCUGACUAAGGAACUGGCACAACCAACAACCGCAUGACUCAGUAUUACAUGAUUAUACCGAACAUGACUGUCCUUCUGGCCAUGUAGUAUUUAAAUUCAGCUAAUUUGAGAUUUUUGGAUGCACAAAAAUAAAAAAUAAAAAUGUCCCAGAGUUCUGUAAGGUACACAUGUUUUGACCAAUAGGUGCAGCAAACACAUCUUUGCGCAUUUAGAAGAAUAACAGGUGUAUCGAUUUAUUGCACAGCCAAACUAACAUGGGCUGAUAAGGUGACAUGCAAUUUUAAUAAAAAGAAGACUGUCAUGGACAUGAUAAUACUGAUCAGACGUCCAGUACAUAAAUCAUCAUGUCCUGUGAAUCCCUUGUUUCCCUUGGAAACAGAGUUCAAUACAACCCAUGCCCUAAAUAGUUUGAAAAACAGGAGCUGAUAAAAUCUAAAAGAUUAUAACUUCAAACUGUUAAGCAUUCAGAUCCACCAGAAUAUGUUUCUGUGAAUGUAGCUUGGGAACAAUGGAGAUAACAGCACAAGGAUGAUGUAAGGCUGGAAGGCAAAACUCAGCUGGAACAUUAAAAGCAUUCGUCUGCAGUAACACUGAUGAUCUUGCCAAGCACAAACAUGCACUCGCAUGUAUAAUUUCAUCACUUGUAUUUAGUUGAAAGAAAAAAAAACUUCCACUAUUUGCAGUCCACUAUUUCCCACUAUUUCAUCCAAUCGUAAAUAUCCCCAUAUAUACAGGCUUUUGCUUUAGGCUAUAAUGUUAUGGUCUAUUUCUUGUUGGCAUAAAGUAUUCAUUAUAAAUGGCCAUAAAUUCUUGAAUGCACUGGACAAUUUCAAACAAAUGAAGGUGGCACUAAAAUAGCAUACACUUAAAUGGCCAUAACUUAGUGGUGACAAGUCUGACUCAUGUUAACGUGUCAAUUUAUCUUUGUCCAAAUGUUUGAUAAAAUCAUCUUUAGAGCUCUGUGCAGCAUUGGUGAAAGUAUGCAUUUUGUUUGUCUUGGAACUUAGCCUGGGAGUGUGAAGAGGACCAUCUUGUCUGAAUAGAAAUGUUGAAACCUCAACAGCCACUGAAGUCAAAGAGAAUGAGAGUGACUGCCAUUUAGCAGUAACAGCACUUGCUGAGAUAUGUUCUGGUUAUAUUGUGCAAAUAUUACUGACAACAACUUCAAAACUCUAUGUUCAAAAGUGACAGAAAUCUGAGGAUUCCCAGACAGCAGCUAUGUACACAUCCUUUCAAAUGCCUCAGUAAAUUGUCUCACCUUGCUAUCAGUUCUCUCUACAUGGACUCUUACACACUACCACAAUGCUGUUUGUAAUUCUAUAUCUUAACUGUACAAUCGGAUUUAUCCUCUCAGUAGAAAAUCUAACUCAGUAAACAUUUUUACAGCAGUGUUGAUGGGCAGGAGAAGAAAGCCACUGUAAACUUACAUGUGUAAUUUUAAUGUAUAUGUCAUAUCAUACCAGAUAUGCCAUAGAAGGUGUAUGUUUUUUCAUCACCCCGUUAAUCACAUCUUUGUGGUUGAAAGCUAAUUGGUGAAGGAUGUAUAAUGCAUUAAAUGACAGUUAUUGAAUUUUGUUGCAGAACUAAUGACUAUCGAUGUAAAGUAAUAAAUUUAUGGUGAGACACGUUUUGUGUUUCUUUCAUUGAUGUCCUCUUCUGCUGGCCAACAUGAUACACUCAAUAAGAACUUGACUACGUUUCAUGUGCAAUAAAAGUUUUUGUAUACAUGUAUAUGAAGAGGAUGCAAGGGUGUGGGAGUGGUGUCAUUUAUGUAAAAUAAAGAUUAUGAAUUCUGCAUUA